CAUUGACAUUUCAUCAUUUUUGUUCUGUCGCACGAUUUCGGUAUCGGCUGAGCUAUUUUCACACGUGGUUUUAAAUAUUUUUAAACAAGAAUAAAAAAGGAUAGCAAAAUGCAGAAAGUUAAACGAAAAAGUGAAGAAGUUAAUGCUGUAGCUCCGAACAAAAAACCGAAAUUAAAAUCGGAAAAACAAGAAGACAAAAAACAAAAUGGGGAUAAGAAACAGCCAUUCAACAAAAAGCCCCAGAAUUUUAAGAAGGGCGGUAAGGAUUUAAAAAAAGGCCCUAAAGAUUUUAAGAAAUUCAAAGAUGGAAAUGUAAAAGGUAAAGGUUUUCAUAAAGAUGGUAAAAUUACUGGCAAGUUUUCAAAAGAAAGUGGGAAGGAUGAAAAACCAAUAUGGUCAGAAAUGAAGAAAGAAAAGAAACAGUUACGGCUUGCGCGCCGGAAAGCCAAGGCGACGGCCGAGGUGUUUGAGGUGUCUCACAAGGCUAAGUUACUUGCUGCACAGAUUCAAAGGAAAGUAGUGAAAGCAGAGUUUCGAGCGAGUUCUUGCAAAGAAUUGCACAACCUGCUGAAAAGCCAUUACAAGUCCAUUGCCCUGACACACGAUCUCAGCAGAGUCAUACAAGUGCUCCUCAAAUACGCUUCUGAUGAAAUUAAGAAUGAAAUCAUUGCAGAACUGUUGGACCUGGUUGUCAAUAUGGCCCAGUCCAAAUAUGGUCACCAUGCAGUGAAGAGAAUACUGAAAUAUGGCAGUGACUCCAUCCGCCAUGAAGUGAUCAAAAGAUUCAUUGGGCAUAUUGUGUCGUUGGCAUCACAUAACAUUAGUGCACCAGUUUUGGACUAUGCUUAUGGUGAAUUUGCAAACAACAAAGAGAAAAUACACAUGCAGCAGGAGUUCUAUGGUGAUAUUUAUAAAAACACAAAAGAUCCUAAGGUGCAGUGCCUGAAAGAUGCCUACAAGGACAGUCCUGAAAUGAGGCCAGCCAUACUGCAGUCUUGUAAAGCCAAUAUACAAAAGAUUUUGGAUAAAAAUCUACAUGACAGCGAAUUGCUGCACUCAGUUUUGUAUGACUACAUUCGUGAAUGCAGCGCGGAGGACAGAACAGAAUUUGUGUCAACACUCAGCCCACUUAUUGUGCCACUCAGCAACUCACUGCCUGGUGUCAAUGCUGCUAGCAUGUGUGUUUGGCAGGGCACCAACAAAGAUAAAAAAACAAUACUAAAAGUAGUAAAGGAGCAUGCAGUGCCACUCAGCAAACACAAGACUGGAUAUAGACUCCUGUUGGCUAUUUUUGACUCGGUUGAUGACACAGUUUUAGUGAAGAAGGCUAUAGUGUCCACACUGGCCAGUAACUUAAAAGAUAUUGUUAAAGAUCAUUGGGGCAUCAUGACAAUACAUUGGCUAGUGAAACCAAAAGACACAGCCACAUUCCACCCCACACUGAUCCAGUUUCUCAACGAGGGCGCCAAAAGCGGCACCUCGAAGAAGGACGCGGAGCUUCGCACGGCUGAACUGCGGGAAGCCAUCUUGCCCGCGGUGACGGCAGAUAUACUGGCCGACCCGGAGUUCUGGCUGAGUGGAAAGGCUAUUAUGCUGCUGACUGUGGCUGUCUUGUCUAUAGAAAGUACAAAAGAAAUGUUGCACGCCCUGGCCGAAGUUAUAUGCCGGCCGGAUUGGCAGAUCACUGUCGAUGGAAAACCGGUGCUGGCGGUCGAGGAUGCGGGAAUACACAUGUGCCUGAAGAAACUGGCUUGUUUGGACAAAGACAAGACAGAGCAUACCCUGAGCGAGGCCGUACGUGAGAACUUGCAGGAGGAAACGUUGAAAGCAUGGCUGCCAACAAACAGAGGAUGCUUCUUUCUCUUGAAACUGAUUGAAAAUAACAACGAAAGUGUAUCCAGUAAGAUAUUAAAGAAGUUAAAACCUCACACAAGUAUAUUGAAGCAGCAGACUUCAGAGGGUGCAAAAAUUUUGCUGCAAAAUAUUCAGAAAAAUAAAUGUUAGUCAAAUAUA